ACUCUACCAUGAUUUCUGCGUACUCCUCCCAGAUGCAUAUGGUCCAUUACUGCAACUGCCCACCACCUCUCCGCACUUUGCCCAGCAGCUGGCCCUCUCAUUCACAUCCUUGCAUUCCUUCUACAGUGUCACUAAAAAACAACCAUGGAUUCGUCACAGCCUAAUCCACCAAUCAGAAUUCUUCAAAUUGUUUACCAUUGGCUAUCAACGUAUCCAAACUUACUCUCUCCGCCUCCUCUUCUCAGCAAGGAGAUUUCCGAACUUUUCCAAUUCCAUCAAUUUUGAUUCCAAAUUCCCAAAGCCUGUACUACAAUGUUUGCUACCUGGACUAAUGCAAUGGUGUGUUUUGGCACCCCUUUGUCCAAACUAUCUGACUAUCGCUAAGAAGACCGAAUCUAAAUCUAAUUACAGCAAAGACUCAAGAGAUGAACCUAUGGAUACCUCAAGUUCAAAGUCAUUGGACGAUAAAGACAUUCAAAUGAUAUUGACGUCAUUACAUGCUGAUCUACUUUCAAGCAUUCUCUCACUCUCAAAGCCGGUAACUUGCCAGAUGUCAGGAAAGGAAAUGGCCGUGCUGAUUGCUAACCUGCUUGGGUAUUACAGUCACAGGAAGCAACGUGGUGAGGAAGAGAUGGCAGAGAAGAUGGAAGAGUGUGUGGAGAGGCUGGCACAGCUGCUGCAGAUAUCUCUAUCCUCUGGGCUGCUCAACCUGAGACCAGAUGACGUUUUUCUGGGUUAGCUUCUACUCUCCCCAAGAAUAGACUGUUACAGCUUGUCAUUGCACGUGCUCAACAGCAGAUUUAGUCAAACGUUGUCUUGUCUUGUUUUGUUUAUGCUUGUUGUUUGUGCUUAUGACUAUAAAAUCAUCAUUAUAAUUAUCUCAAAAAGUUAGUACACAUUAUUAUAAACGAA